AAGAAACCCCACCUUUUUGGGCAGAAAACAUGCAUUAAAUCAUUGUGUUCACACACCUUUAAUUUCUUGUUCUUACGAUCCCAAGUGCUCACUCACUAUCACUACCAAUUCUGAGCUGCCAAGAUCAAGAAUUCUUCAUCAGAAGAUGGGCUCCGGAGACAACGUCUUCACCGUUGUGGCAAAGAACAUUGAUGUUCUUGCAAUGCCCCUGCUUUCUCUUGUUUUUCCGCUAUAUUGUUCCAUCAAAGCCAUAGAGACAAAAUCCCGUGCAGACGACCAGCAAUGGCUCACAUAUUGGGUUCUUUACUCUCUCAUAACUCUAUUCGAGCUCACUUUUGCUAAAGUACUUGAAUGGUUUCCCAUUUGGUCUUACGCGAAGCUGAUCGCCAUAUGCUGGCUGGUACUGCCUUACUUCAACGGGGCAGCGUAUGUGUACGAGAAUUGGAUCAGGCCUUUCUACAGGAACCCGCAGGUUAAGCUGUGGUACGUGCCCCGGAAGAAGGAUAUUUUCAGUAAGCCCGAUGAUGUUCUAACUGCCGCCGAGAAGUAUAUAGAAGAAAACGGACCUGAAGCCUUUGAAAGGCUCAUAGCCCGGGCUGACAGAGAAGCAAGAAACAGGCGGAGCAGCUACACAAUCUUUCAUGAUGAUUAUGAGUAUUAGUGAAGUUAAUUUGAGAACUGGUGUUUCAGUGUGGCUGUCAUGAACUACUAAUUGUCUGUGAUGGAUCUUUCUAAAAACUCCUGGGCUUGUCUGAUUAAUUAAUGUUGAAUCUUGAUAUAUAGUACUACUAUGUUAUGAACAUUAAUUUGUUUCUUUAGGUAUUGAUAUUAUGAUGUAAGGAGGGUACUUACUGUAUCUUAUGAUUCCCCAUCCUUAAAAGUAAUGAUGUUUGUUUGUCUGGAAA